UACUCUUUGGUACAGCCGCUAGCCUGGUUGUAUGACUGCUGAUCCUCUUCGAAGUUCCAGAGUUCUUCAGCUGACUGGUUAGAGAGGCCUUAGAAUUCAUCUUUCACUCGAAGGGAACCUCAAAUCCUCGCAAAAUUCCAUUUGUCUUCGCCAAGCAGCUGCAGCUCCGCACGAACACUUGGGGUAAUCACUCUUUCGAGCUUAUCUCCUACUUCCUUUCCAAAAGGCUUGGGUCUUUACCAGAUAGCGAGCCAAUCCACAUUACUUCAGGUUCACUGAGAUAAAACGAACUGGAUAACCAAAUAGCGCUCCAAGAGCUAACGGUCUAGGGCUUUUGAACUUUUUAUUGGGCGGACGUAGCAUACACUAUGGCCAUUGAAUGCCUGGUCCUCGGUGCUGGGCAGGAAGUGGGGAAGAGCUGUGUGGUAGUGUCCAUCAAUGGCAAACGAAUAAUGUUCGAUUGUGGGAUGCACAUGGGCUAUGAUGAUCACCGUCGGUACCCUGAUUUCUCUCUAAUCUCUACAACUGGAGAUUUUGAUAGUGCCCUCGAUUGUGUUAUCGUCACCCAUUUUCAUUUGGAUCAUGUUGGUGCUCUUCCUUACUUCACUGAAGUUUGUGGAUAUAACGGACCAGUUUACAUGACGUAUCCAACAAAGGCAUUGGCUCCUUUGAUGUUGGAGGACUAUCGAAAAGUAAUGGUAGACAGAAGGGGGGAAGAAGAGCAUUUUACUUCUGAUCAUAUUUUUGCUUGCAUGAAAAAAGUCAUUGCAGUGGACCUGAAGCAGACUGUGCAGGUUGAUAAAGAUCUUCAGAUCCGCGCCUACUAUGCGGGUCAUGUUCUUGGAGCUGCAAUGUUUUAUGCAAAGGUGGGAGACUCUGCUAUGGUUUACACAGGAGACUAUAAUAUGACCCCAGAUAGACAUCUUGGAGCAGCUCAAAUUGACCGGCUGCAACUAGAUCUUCUCAUAACAGAAUCUACAUAUGCAACGACUAUUCGCGAUUCAAAAUAUGCUCGUGAAAGGGAAUUUCUUAAAGUUGUUCAUAAAUGUGUUGCUGCUGGUGGAAAGGUCCUUAUUCCUACUUUUGCACUUGGAAGAGCUCAGGAACUGUGUAUAUUGUUGGAUGAUUACUGGGAACGCAUGAAUCUAAAGAUCCCUAUAUACUUCUCUGCUGGUUUGACAAUUCAAGCUAAUAUGUACUACAAAAUGCUCAUUGGGUGGACAAGCCAGAAGGUCAAAGAGACGUAUACUACACACAAUGCAUUUGAUUUUAAAAAUGUUUGUAAUUUUGACCGCUCUCUAAUAGAUGCUCCUGGACCAUGCGUUCUCUUUGCCACGCCUGGGAUGAUUAGUGGUGGUUUUUCACUAGAGGUUUUUAAGCAUUGGGCUCCUUCUGAGAUGAAUCUGGUAACAUUGCCUGGAUAUUGUGUGGCUGGAACCAUAGGGCAUAAAUUGAUGUCGGGUAAACCCACAAAAAUUAAUUUGGACAAGGAUACACAAAUCGAUGUGCGAUGCCAGAUUCAUCAAUUGUCUUUCAGCCCUCAUACAGAUGCCAAAGGAAUUAUGGAUCUAGUUAAAUUUCUUUCUCCUAAGCAUGUGAUACUAGUACACGGUGAGAAGCCUAAAAUGGCUUCUCUUAGAGAAAGAGUCCAAUCUGAAUUGGGAAUUCAUUGUUAUGUUCCUGCAAAUUGUGAUACUGUGAGCAUUCCUUCCACCGUCUUCGUGAAAGCUCAUGCCUCUGACAUGUUUAUCCACAGUUGUUUGAGCCCCAAUUUUGGAUUUUUAAACAAAAGUUCAGAAGAUACAUCUAAUUCAAUUUUAGAUGGCACAAGUCGCACAUCUUGGCUUCAGGUAACUGAUGAAAGAGUUACCGAGGGGAUCUUGGUUAUGGAGAAAAGCAAAAAGGCAAGGGUUGUGCACCAAGAUGAGCUGCUGCUCAUGUUGGGAGAAAAACAGCAUGAGGUUCAGAUGGCUUAUUGUUGUCCUGUACAUGUUGACAACUUAGAUGAGGCUAGAAUGAUUCAUAGCUCAGCACAUGAUGUACUUGGUCUCUCUAAUAAAUACAAAAAUGCUUUCUCUCUUAUAAGUCUCCUUGACAUUAAUUUAGAUAAAAAAAAAAAAGAAAAUCCCUUUUUUGUUUAAAUUAUCUUCCCAAUGUCAACGCAUAACACCGCCGGUACAACCGCCUCGGCGGCGGAGGGUGACACCCACUCUCCACUUCUUACCCGCCAAGAGCCCCCUUCCUCCACCACGGCUCGCCCAACUUUACUCGCAGUUCUUCUCGGACGUGCCACUGGCCGCCGUGGCCCUUCCAUGUUAGUUAGAGAGACGGCGGCUCGUGAGCUGGAAGAGCGACGUGCUGACUGGGGUUACUCGAAGCCCGUGGUGGCUUUGGACAUGCUCUGGAACACGGCGUUUGUGGUGGUUUCGAUAGUGAUGUUGAUUCUGACCGUGAACGAGAAGCCGAACACGCCGGUUAGGAUUUGGAUUUGUGGGUACGCGUUGCAGUGCUUGGUGCAUGUGGUUUUGGUGUGGUUGGAAUAUAGGAGAAGGAACACGAGGAUAGUGAGGGAUGAAGAGAGGCAGCGAGAAACUGGAGGAGGGAAUGUUGACAGUGAAGAUGGGGAUGGGAGUGAUAGGGGUACUCUCAGUUCUAGCCAAUCAAGUGUUGCUAAACAAUGUGAAUCUGUGAACACAAUGGCUUCAUUUGUGUGGUGGAUAGUUGGCUUUUACUGGGUAGUUUCUGGUGGUGAUGCCCUUUUGCAACAUGCUCCGCGUUUAUACUGGCUGGCUGUGGUUUUUCUGGCAUUUGAUGUGUUCUUUGCGAUCUUUUGUGUUGUUUUGGCAUGUUUGAUUGGAAUCGCUCUCUGUUGCUGCUUACCAUGCAUCAUAGCAAUCCUUUAUGCUGUUGCAGGACAGGAAGGUGCAUCCGAAGCAGAUCUUAGUGUCCUCCCAAAAUACAGAUUUCAGGUGAUGGGGGAUGAGGAAAAGCCCAGUGUUGGGUCAGGGAAAAUGGUUCCCAUUGAAACCAGCAGUGAGUACUUGGCAAAUGAACGGAUACUCUUACCUGAAGAUGCUGAAUGCUGCAUAUGUCUCUGCCCAUAUGAGGAUGGAGUGGAGCUCCAUACGCUUCCUUGCAACCAUCAUUUCCAUUCAACAUGUAUUGUGAAAUGGCUGAAGAUGAAUGCUAUUUGUCCUCUCUGCAAGUACAAUAUCCUCAAAGGAAAUGAAUAAGGAACCCACUGACAUCUGGUUCAUUUCGUCCACUUCUUUGUGUACAGAAGAGAUUGGGCCAAAAGGAAAGAAACUUCUCCAAAUUCUUGUGAAAAUUACAAUAUACGGCAUUAGUCAAUAGAGCUGCAUUUGUCUUUUCCGGCCUUUGGAGUUGGCAUGAUUCUUCCUUUGUUAUUUUUUUUUUUCUUUGUCAAUUUUUUCCUUUGUAUUUAGUUGUUUGAGUUUGAGACGCUGUAGAAACAAAUCAGUCACAUUUAGCAGGCUUUCUGCUUUUGCUUGCUGAAUUGUUUUGUACUUAUACAGUUGCUUCUGUAUUGCCUGCUAAUUAUUAUAUACAUGGUACCCUUUUUUCUA